UGCAUCUUUGUGUGACUGUAAAACACCCUGUAGAGAGGAACAAUAAAGAAAAGUUACUAUAAACCACAUACAAAUAGUUACCAAACUCUCAAACUUGAAUAUCUUACGCCUAACUAAAUGGAGGAGCCGCUGCUCGACCCAGCCACCCGCGGCACCACCGAGUUGUGCAAUAAACAGCUUAUGUACGAAGGUGAGAACGAAGACUAUGCGCCGGUGAGGAGCUUUGGUUCGUUGCGGCGUAUGUUUUGGAUAGAGACGGUGAAGCUGUGGCAAAUAGGCGGUUCUGCAGUUAUCACUAUCAUGUGUAUGUAUGGGACUAACUCAGUCAUCGUGCUCUUUGCCGGUCAUCUCGGAACUAUUGAGCUCUCCGCUAUCUCCAUUUCCCUCUCUGUCAUAUCCACAUUCACUUACGGAUUCAUGCUUGGGAUGGGGAGUGCACUGGAGACCCUGUGUGGACAAGCAUUUGGUGCUGGACAAAUUCACAUGCUUGGGAUCUACAUGCAACGAUCAUGUAUAAUUCUAUUCGUAACCGCCUUCUUACUCUUGCCGAUUUACAUCUUCGCCACACCGAUUCUAAAGUGGCUAGGCCAAGAAGAUGACAUAGCGAAUAAAGCCGGAAAAUUCACACUUCAAAUAAUCCCCCAAUUGUUCUCACUUGCCAUAAAUUUCCCAGCCCAAAAGUUCCUCCAGGCUCAGAGGAAGGUGAAGGUGCUGGCAUGGAUUGCAGUGUUGGCCCUGGUCAUACACAUUGGAAUGCUAGCGCUCUUCAUGUAUGUGUUUGAUUGGGGCACAUUGGGGGCAGCUGUGUCAUUUAACCUCACAAGAUGGGGGAUUUCAAUUGCACAAGCUGUGUAUAUUAUGGGUUGGUGCAAGGAGGGUUGGACUGGAUUUUCAUGGCUGGCAUUCAAUGAGAUUUGGGCAUUUGUGAGACUUUCUCUUGCCUCAGCAGUCAUGCUCUGCCUAGAAAUUUGGUACAUGAUGAGUAUGCUCAUUCUCACGGGCGGUCUUUCUGAUGCAGUUAUAGCCGUUGGUUCUCUUUCAAUUUGCAUGAACGUCAACGGGUGGGAAACAAUGUUGUUCGUUGGAAUAAAUGCUGCAAUAAGUGUUUGUGUCUCCAAUGAGCUUGGAUUAAGACGUCCUAGAGCAGUCAAAUACGCCGUUUAUGUGACAGUAUCUCAAUCUCUCUUGCUUGGUCUUCUUUUCAUGAUUAUUAUUUUAAUAACCAAAGACGAUUUUGCCGUAAUUUUCACAAGUGACAAGGAGUUGCAACAAGCGGUCGCUAAGCUUGCAUACCUUCUUGGUAUAACUAUGGUGCUCAACAGUGUCCAACCAGUAAUAUCAGGUGUUGCAAUUGGAGGUGGAUGGCAGACAAUGGUUGCUUAUAUAAACUUGGGUUGUUACUACAUUUUUGGACUUCCUCUUGGAUACGUUCUUUGCCAUGUUGCAAAUUUAGGAGUCACGGGACUUUGGGCGGGCAUGAUAUGUGGAACUGCUCUCCAAACCAUACUUCUGCUAAUUAUACUUUACAAAACAAACUGGAACAAAGAGGUGGAGCAAGCAACAAUUCGUGUUCGGAAGUGGGGAGGGCAAGACAUUAAAACUGCCAACGGAGCUGAAAGUACUUGAAGUUCCCUUUUCUUUUUAUGGGGUAUAUUAAAUUAUUUGCUCCAUUUAAUGAUGACACUGUUUUGGUGAGGACUGAGGAGAAAACAAGUGGAGGAAGGCUGAGCCGGUGGUAAGAAUGGGAGGUGAUUUCUGUCAGCGGCGGGGUGUUGGUUGCGGGAGGUGGGUGUUUGUCGGGGUUGCAUGGGCGGGGGAGCUUGGAUGGCUGUUGUGUGUGUCUGUGUGUGUUUGUUUUGUUUAUGUUAUCCUACCUACUUUGAGAUCUUAGCAUGCCCUUAAUUUGUAAAAAUGUGACAUAGAAGUCACAUUAAUAAAUCUAACGUUUAAGUUAAUAACAACACUUCAUUGCCAGUGACAA